AUGACGAAUCCUAGGACCAGCAACGAUCAGGACCACAACAACAUCGACAACGACAUCUGCAUCUGCAUUACCAAUCGGCUAAUCCCGAGAGAUUGUCUCGCUCUGCUCUUCUUCUGCCUUUUUGCGCCCUCGCAUGCCAGCUUCUACCAUGGACCACCUGCUCCUGCUCCUGCUCCUGUGGCAGUGUCCGCUGUUUAUAGCGCACCAGCUCCUACGCUGACCUAUGCUGCUGCACCGCCCACGCUGACCUAUGCUGCACCACAUGCGGUGCAUGCACCGCCAGCUUUCAUUAAAUACGCUGCACCACACCACAUCAGCACGUACGCGGCGCCCGUUGCUCCCGUCGUCAAGUAUUCGCUGGGCGCACCUGUAACGACCACCACGACCACCUACACGGGCUUCGCUGCACCAGCUCCACCCCCACCAGUUGUACACUACUCUGCACCACCACCACCUGCGUUUGUGACCCGCUAUGCGCCACCACAACACGCUUAUGCCUACCACGCGCAGCCUUCGUAUGCCCGGGUGGCGGUUCAUGCCGCCCCGCCCCCCGCUGUUGCCUAUGCGGCACCGGCUCCGAUUCCGGCCGAGCUACCCUGCGAUACCGCCUGGUGA